AUGGUCGGGGAGACAGAUGUCAUUUGCAAAUGGUUGUCCCUAAGGCUAAAGUACCGGAUGUUCUACAGCUGUACCAUAGUGGUUGUUCAGGAGGCCACCUGGGAGUUAAACUCUACUGAAGAUCCGAGAACGGUUUUACUGGGUCGUGACGAUGUCGAGGACUGGUGCCGCAAAUGUACAAGUUGUGCGGCUAUAAAGGGACCUCAAAUUCGUAGUAGAGGCGCAUUGAAAUUGUACAAUGUUGGUGCACCAUGGGAGAGGAUAGCCAUUGACAUUGCGGGGCCGUAUCCGGAAAGUGAAAGUGGUAAGAAGUAUUUCAUGGUUGUGAUGGAUUACUUCACUAAGUGGCCAGAAGUCUUCGCCAUUCCAAAUCAAGAAGCUCCAACAGUUGCAGAUAAACUAGUUCAUGAAGUCUUCUGUCGUUUUGGACUACCUUUAGAGAUUCACAGAGAUCAAGGAAGGAAUUUUGAGUCUCAAAUGUUCCAGGAAACUUGCCGAGUUAUGGGUACUCAUAAAACACGAACAACUUCUUACCACCCACAAUCUGAUGGAAUGGUAGAACGAUUUAAUCAGACAUUGGAGAGGUACCUAGCAAAAGUUGUGGAAAAACGGCAACGAGACUGGGACAUGCACAUACAACCGUUUUUGUUGUCAUAUCGAAGCGCUGUUCUCGAAAGUACAUCAGUGACACCAGCUUUCGCAAACUUUGGGAGAGAAUUACGGCUGCCUGCAGACCUGAAUACCACCGUACGUAUACGACGUAACCUACCGGAUACAGAAAGGUGCCAGAGGUACUCCUAA